AUGUUUCUUUCGCCCUUCGUUAUCACUAUACUAGUCACGUUAAUAAGUGGAAUAUUUUCGAAAAGUGUAGAAUUAACUUUUGAACUCCCUGAUAGUGCUGUAGAGUGUUUCUAUGAAAAAAUUGACAAAAAUACUUCAGCUUCACUAGAGUAUCAGGUAAUCACUGGUGGCCAGUAUGAUGUUGAUGUCAAAUUGGAGGGUCCAAACAAGGAAAUAAUUUAUCAGCAACAGAAAAUGCAAUAUGAUUCACAUCAGUUUACAGCCCUUCAUACAGGUAUUUACAAAGUGUGCUUCAGUAAUGAAUUCAGUACUUUCUCUCAUAAGCUUGUAUAUAUGGAACUAAACGUUGGACCUGAACAACCUUUACCUGGUAUUGGAGACCAUGCUACAGUACUUACACAGUUGGAAACAUCUGCUGAAGAAAUUCAUUCUGCGCUUAAUAGAAUUAUUGAUCAUCAAACCCACCAUAGACUUAGAGAAGCCCAAAGCCUGGAGAUUGCAUUAAGCGCGGGGGUGCUGUUGACUCUUGUGACCGUUCUAUCAGCAUGCGUUUGUGGAUGCAGAAAUUCAAACCAGAAAAGUGAGUUGGUUGGUACGGCGGGUGUGGUAAAAAUCCACAUAGAUGAGGAGGUUCCGUCUCCAACACCAACCACUCCAGCCUCCAUCAAGCGUAGUGGGAAUUGCGACGAUGCAUUCGCAUCAAUAUAUUCGUUCUUUUUUAAAUUCCGAAAAACUAUACGGUUUCCCCGUGUCCUGGAAAAAUGUGGGCACCGUACUGAACGCGGUGAAAGGGCAUCGACGCAAAACUCGCAGCGCAGCUUGCCGGAAAUUCCGCAUCCCGUCGGAAGGCACGACAGCGGUGACACUGCAUCCGAAAUAUAUGCCACGGUUAAUUUGGAUGAAGGUAACAAAGCACUGACGACAGCGUCCACCAGUCGAGAGCACCCCUACGAACAUGCAUACGCCAAACUGCAGAGUGAGAGUCACAACAUCACCGUGGAGAUCACGCCCGACCAGGAGUCUGACAGGGAAAUACAAAUCGACGAACGCGAAGCCAGCCAGCCGGGUCCAGAGUCCGUGGUUAUUUCCGCGUCUGUAGCCAUCAGCGGUCAGCUGCCUUCCAGCCAAGAGUUGCCAUACAUCACCCCUCCUUCGCCGCGACCGCAUACAGACAAUCCGGUGCACUUUAGCGGCGAUUCCACCGACUCGACGAAGGGCUACACGAGCAUUUCGGUGCGGGAACCUUUAAGUAAUAUCCGAGCGCAAACCGUGAAGCCGCCCAUUCAGCCGCACUACGCCACCGUGUCUGAUGACUCAGACGAGAUGUACGCAGCCAUUGAUGAGGCGAGCGUCGGCGAGGGAUCGGACACGUACGCGCAGAUCGCUCCGGAGCCGAGGCGACGCGAAGUCACCCCCGCCCCCGCCCCCGCCCACGCUCCCGCUGCCGCCUCCGCGUCCGCCGCCACCCCAGCGACUGACCAUUCCGCCAGAAGGAGUGCUCCUCCGGAAAUUGGCGCGUCUACAUCCCACGCGACACACUCCAGACAAGCGUCUUCGUCGUCGUCGACGGGCGCGCUUGGAUCGCCGAAGCCGGAGAAGCGAGUCGCCAACUCGCCACUGCCGCCGCCGCCACACGCCACGCACGCCGCCCACGCCGCCCACGCCGCCCACUCAUCCCACGCCGCCCACUCAUCCCACGCCGCCCACGCCGCCCACGCUUCCCACGCCAACCACCCUCCCCACCCGCCGCACGUGGCCCAAGGACCACACGCCGCUCACCCGCCGCACGUUGCGCACGCGCAGGUCGUGCAGCCGCAGCGACACCAACGGAUAUCCAGCACCGGCGACCUACACUUAAAUCACGACAAACUUCGACGGAGCCUCAACGAGAAACACCAACGCAACAACAGCUGCGUGAGCUCAUCCGAUUUUUAUGGUUGCAAUUAUCCAGUCGAGAAGCACCGGUUCAGUUCGGGCGAUCUAAUUCGGCCCCUGGUCGCCAAAGAACUAAACUUCGAUAUAGACCAACAAGAGAGCCCCGCGGACAACCUGUACAAUUCCAUCGAGGGCGCCGGAUACAGUGACUACUCGUCGGCCGAACCCAACACUAGCAUGAACUCGGAACAACGCGUCACCGAAAGCCCGUCGCGUAACGUGGAAGAGAUGUACGCAAAGGUCAUGAAGAAAACAAAAGGGAAGGCGGAGGAAACGAUAAAAAAACCUAAGGAGUUCCCCAAGGAAUCAGACGCCGGACCUUUAAAAUACAGAGGUGACGACCCGGGCUACGAAACCAUUGACCGCAAGAAAUCCACUAGCCACGGCUACGAAACUAUAAUGCACAUAGAACGUACCAAUUCGCAAAACCAAGACCCAGGCUACGAGACGGUCAAAGAUAUAAACAAGUCCGUGUCCACGUUUACGAACAACAACCUGUUGAAGUUGAACAAUUUGGGCGACAGCGGGCCCAACAGCAUAAUAAGCAGCGAUCCCGGCUACGAGCACAUCACCAAGCCGGACAACAACGCGUCCGAUUCCGAUCCCAACUACGAAGUGCUGAGGAACCAGCCGCCCACCCCGCCGUACGCCACCAUCACGCCCAACUACAAAAUACAGCCCACGUAUUCGACGGUCAACAAGAGGAACGCGAAGUACAACAACUGGCCAACGAACAACAACGAGGAGGCAACGCUCGAGCCGAACUACGAGUCGAUGUCGAACGAUCCGCUCUACACAACGGGCAGCGAAUCGGAUCCCAAUUACGAAUCGGUCCGACCGAAAGAUCCCAACUACGAGAGCGUCAACGCCCAAGAUCCCAACUAUGAGUCGUUGCGCUGCAAAGACCCCAAAUAUGAGUCGGUCAGGUCGAAGGAUUCGAAGUACGACUCCGUGAGAUCUAAGAAAGACCCAAACUAUGAAAGCGUCAAAUAUUUCGAGCUAACGCAGAAGGAACCGCCAUACGAAAAGGUAAAUACUGACCCCGCCGUCCAUUCCGGCGUGGAACGGUCGGAUUCUGCGGCGGGCUAUGAAAAGAUCAACGUACCUAUAAAUAGGGAGCCUAAAAGCAGUAUUAAUAGCGGCGCUGACGGCGUCGUCAGUGACUACUUCCAAGUA